AUGCCCGACGUUAUUGGUCAAGCCUGCUGUGACGGGUGCUGUCUACUACAUUGCUUGCCGGCCGAAAUCGAAUCAAGUUGUACAAGAAUCAUGGAUAACAGGAGGAGUUGCCCGGCAACUCUAGAGUCUCUAGCUUGUUAUCCAUCUUCAACUAGUGCAGAACUUCCCGAACAAAUCGCCUCGAGGGAGAACUUUGACGAAGGCAGACGAACCCCCGAGAAUGAACAAUUUCAAAUUUCAUGGGACUUUUUGGCACCGCUAAACACGGAUUCGAGUCUUGACCUCAGUCUUCCCUUCCUCCCUGGCCCACCUACUUUUUCUCACGGCACUGAUCAUGACAACCACACAUUUUUCGACUCUCGGGAGUCGAGCAUCGAUUCCAUUUUCACCAUAUAUAGCGGGCUAGAGUCCGGAGCAGAUACGAACCUACGCCAGGCACGACGGGUUAUUGGUGGCAAGAGAAUUGGUAGCAGAGGUCAAAAAUGCUCUCAGGCACCAUCCAAGUACGUUUUGGAGGGGUCAGGAAGUAGCAGCCGAGGCGAAUAUCACGAACAAGAACGACAAAGCAUACACCGGAUGUCAUUUCAUCCAAAGUUUAAGGACCAUCUGACAUAUGAAGUGCUUUGCUCUACGCCACAGCAGUCAUCUUCAGACUCGAAUGCCGCACUGAAACCUCGUCCUUGCCUGUCGUUCAACCCCGGUCAACAAUCGCCAAGCCUUUCCCAACCUGUGACGGACAGGCUCGGUACCUACUCUACCACUAAGACCUUGUCCACAACGGCAAUCCACGGCAGGCUACUACAAGAGUUGUUACGACGGUCCCCGACUGAACAAGAGCAAGAUGCGCUUGCUAGGCUACUGGGGACAAAAGGCUGUGAAACCCAUACAAAGGACGACCCCUCCCUUCAACGGAACCGUACAACAUUUGGGGAAAUGAUCGUGUGUGAGCGUUCGUCUCGCCUUUCCGGGGACGGCUACUUCGCAUACCGAGAUGUGUCCAGCACUGGGCCCCCUAGCCCUGUUGGGGGGGGGGACCAACAACAAUAUCGAUGA